CGCCUCGUCUCUUGGUCAGGCUGAUACAGGAACAGCAGCUCUCGAGCUCUAGUCUUGCGCUCAGUGAGCGACUGCAGCUGGAGAGACAAUAACAGCGACCCGUGCACAGUAUCCGCAUUUGGACUUGCUAUGGACCAGCAGCACGAUUUCUUGAGCUCCUCGCCCAAUAGCCACACAGCUCACUACAACUCUGGCGAUACUAUGGCAACCUCCCUUUCUGGAAUGACCAUCAAUGAUCAUCACCAUGGCAACCAGUUCCAUAAGGAGAAUGGAAUUGCAGUGGGGCUUGUGAGACCAGGGGAUUGUCCAAUGAAAGAGGAGUUUUCAGAAGAAAAGGUGGAUGUUGAGCUCAGUAAGGCUGAAGGAACCUCCUCUUCUGAGGAGAAGCAAUGUGAGGGCCCGCAGGAUUCAAGAGCAGAAGAGAAUGAAGAUCAGCCCCUGCCUGUUGUGGAAGUGGCGAGCGCUGGAGGAACGGCGCCCACAGCUCAGUCCAAGACCAAUGGUGAUGCUGAGAAGAGGGCUCCUAGUAGCAGUAGACCUCAUGCUGCUGGUACAAAGAUUCCUGCCAUGACUGCAGUUGCCAAAAAUGGAAAAGACUCUCCAAAGACCCCGGAGACCAGUGGGCACAACAGCCCUGGCACUUCCAAAUCCCCUGCCAGUAAAGCUGCGGGUGGCAAACCUCCAAGCACAGGAAAUGAAAUCAAGAAGGUCGCAGUGAUUCGCUCGACCCCUAAAUCCCCGAAGAACCGUUCUCCUACAUCGCUGUCCGCCGCUGCCCCCCUCCCUGAUCUGAAGAACGUGCGGCCAAAAGUCGGUUCCACCGACAACCUGAAGCACCAGCCUGGAGGCGGCCGGGUACAAAUUCUGGAUCAGAAGGUGGAUUUCAGUAAUGUGCAGGCAAAGUGUGGCUCCAAAGCCAACCUCAAGCAUAUGCCAGGAGGUGGCAAUGUAAAAAUUCUUGAUCAGAAGGUGGACUUCAGUAAUGUCCAGUCAAAGUGUGGUUCCAAAGACAAUAUCAAACAUGUACCUGGAGGUGGCAAUGUGCAAAUUCUCGAUCAGAAGUUGGACUUAAGUUGCGUGCAGCCUAGGUGUGGUUCCAAAGAUAAUAUCAAACAUGUACCCGGAGGUGGAAAAGUCCAAAUCCUCCACAAAAAGAUUGACCUGAGCAAUGUGCAGUCAAAGUGCGGAUCGAAAGACAACCUACGUCACAAACCAGGUGGAGGAAACAUUGAGAUCAGGUCUGAGAAGCUUGAUUUCAAGGCUCAGUCAAAGAUUGGAUCUCUGGACAACAUUAAACACGUGGCUGGAGGAGGCAGCAGGAGGAUUGAGUCGCACAAACUGUUGUUCCGUGAGCAGGCCAAAGCGCGAACCGACCACGGCGCAGAAAUCGUGUCUCUAGACGAGUCUCCACACGGCCUGAGCACCGUCUCCUCUUCUGGCAGCCUCAACAUGGCAGACCCGCCGCAGCUUUCCACCCUCGCCGACCAGGUGUCUGCAUCGCUGGCCAAGCAGGGCUUGUGAUUGGACCAUACCACCACCCAGCCACGCCCCCAAAGCCCACCCCAGAAAUCAGAACACACACUUUCACCUGCCUGGUGGUAUUCUAACCUCUCUCUGAAAGUCAUUUUGUGGCCCAGAAAACAAUGCCAAGUAACGUUUGGCAAUCACUGUUCGAUUUUGUAAUACUUCAGAUUUGUUAUAGGCCAAUGAAGCUGUUUUAACUGUGAAUUGUGUAUGAAUUUGCCUGUUCACUCAUCCUUUGCUUUACGGCAGGGAAUUUAACAAUUGGGAAUUUCUUGCAGUAGCCCUCCCUUGACUAUAUUUAGCAGCACAAAAUUACGUUCAUGUAUUUGAAUGCCGUUUGUUGACCAUUUUAUAUUUUCUCUAGGCAUGCCUGGUUUUUGGUUAGUACUGGAUUUAGGACAGACAGGGUUCAGACAGAACCCAUUUUUCACUUUCAGAGAGGAUUGUUCUCAUUUUUGAAUCAGGAUAAAAUUAGAUAGAGAUUAUGAAUAAGUCGCUUAGCAGUGCUUAAAAUAAAAAUUAGAGCAUUGAAUCUUGACUUUGAGAUUGAAAGAAGCUUAAAG